AUGCUAGUCAUAUUUACCUAUAACUUUACUCAUAGUCUUCAAUGCGAUAAAACAGAUCGAUCAGGUGAAGCUAUCGUCUUUAGUAUUGGAUUGAAUUGUCCAAAACAUCUACCAUGCCAAAAUUUGGCCUAUCAAGUCGAUCUCCUUACCAGUAUUCAUGAAAAAUUCAAUGCUGUAACCAAUAUCGAUAUGACGACUGAUGAUGGAAGCAUAUUACCCUUGGAACUUUGCCACGUUCAAUCUUAUCCCAACGGGAAUAGUAACAGUGAUAGUAGUUCCAAUGGUAUUGUUGUCGCUAUAUGCACAAAUGGCUGCCAAAAUGGUGGCCAAUGUACCGCUCCUGAUACUUGUACAUGCGCUGCAGGAUGGAGUGGUGCAACGUGUACACUAGAAUUGACAAUCACAACCACAACGACGACAACUACAACAAAAACAAACACAACAUCAACAAAUGCAACAGCAACAAAUGCAACAACAACAAAUGCAACAACAACAAAUGCAACAACAACAAGUACAACAGUAACAAAUGCAACAGCAACAAAUACAACAACAAUAAGUAUAACAGCCACAACAACAACUACAACAACUACAACAACAACUACAACUACAACAACAACAACAUCUACAACAACAACAACUACAACUACAACUACAACUACAACUACAACAACAACAACAACAACAACAACAACAACAACAAGUACAACAACCGCAAUUAACCCUAGUUGCAUCAACUUGCUUGUAAAUCCCGGUGGAGAAGAUGGUGUGCUCACGCCUUGGGUCGUGGGUGGCAGCUCAAAUCCACAACUAGAUAGUGGCACGUUUGAUAUUGGUUUCGGUCCUCGCACUGGAUCAUAUCAAUUUGUUGGAGGGACUGGUUCGUCCGGCACGCUCACACAGACCAUUGUCAUUAUGACUGCAAGUCCAUCGAUCACAGCAUCGCAGAUCGAUACAGGUACUCUUAACGUCACUUUGCUCUUCUGGACUCGUGACCUUAUACAAUUGCUGAGCAACGACGGUGCUGCAGUGGCCUUGUCCUUUCUCGAUGCUUCCAAUGCUGUUUUGAGCACUGUCAACAGUCCCGAGCAGACAGGUGGUAUUCUUUGGACCUCAUACUCAAAUUCAUACCCUAUUCCUGCUGGAACGCGAUCAAUCCAAUAUCAAAUGGUGUUUACUCUACACAGUGGCUCUACUAUAGAUUCGUUUAUCGAUGACAACUCUAUGACAAUCUGCUAA